GCUAAAGAUGAUCAACAGCAUUUAUUAUCAUCCGAUAAAGAUUAUUCAACAUUAUUAGACAUAUUUAUCUUGCAUGAUGGUUUAAAAAUAUUAGCUCAACAUUUUUCUCGUAAUUAUCCAACAAUUCAAUAUUUUGAAGAUGAUUUAAAUAUAUCAUUUGAUAAAAUUGAUUUUUUUGAUUUUUCAUCAUUGGUACCGUCAUCCGCCUCAGGACAAACAGCAGCAAAUAUAUCACCUACAAAUAUGCCACAUUAUGUUUUCAUUACAUUUUCAAUCUUUUUACGUUUACCAAAUUAUGCUAAAGCUAUGUUAAAAAAUCGUGCAUUAGCCUGUAGUAUAAUACGUUUAAUGUUAGGACAACAACAAUCAACAGAACAACGAAAUCAACAACAAUUUGAUAUGCGACAAUUAUCAAAAUUACCAUUUGAAACAUUGUCAACAUUAUUGAAAGAUUCUCCAAGUGAACUAUUGAACGAUAUAUUUCAUUCCAGUAUAUUAUUGCUCUUAUUAUCGUGUCUUUCAUCCAUUACCCGUCAUCCACAUCGAAAACAGGUUCAAAAACAAGAAACAAUUGAUGAAGAUGAAUCUACAACUCAAACUACAAUUAAUGAAGAAGAUCCAGGUGGUGAUGAUUAUGAUACACAGGAUUCAACAAUACCAAAUCCUAAUCAACAUUUAGCUGAAUCAUCGAAUAUUCAUCAUCCAACGCAAACAAAUCAAAAUUUUUGGGCAAAAGGAACAGGUUUUGGAACAGGUCCAACAGUAUCUAUCUGGGAUGCUGAACAAACAUUAAUGCUUCAAAAAUUACAUGAAGAACAUGUCAUUUAUUUGUUUGAUAUAUUAUGUUCAAUAUUUUCAUCAAAAUUAUCGGAACAAUUGAUUGAUGAUAAUGUCUAUGAAAUGUUGAAUAGUUCUUGUCUUGUUCCAGUUAUUGAAUCUUAUUUAAGAAAUGAUAGUAUUUUGGAUAUAUCAAAACAAGGUGAUAUUCAUCGUCAAUGUUUAAAAUUGGUUUAUUGUCUAGUAAAUAAUGAAAAAUUAAAAACACUUUUAUUACAAACAAGUAAUAUUAAACAGUUAAUUGAAAAUUUAUUACAAUGUGUUCAAACAUAUACAACAAUGGUUCAACAACAAAUUGAUGAUGAUGAACAAUUAUGUUUAUUUAUGGUUGAAUUAAAACAAGUUUAUGAUAAAAUAAUUGAAGAAACAACGGAAUUAGAAGAAAAACAAAAUAGUACAGAUGAUCAAGAUACGGAUAAUGAUGAUAUUACAUUAGACGUAUUUUAUUGUAAAACAAUGAAACCAUUACAAUUUAGUACAUAUGAAAUAACAAAAGAAAAUAAUGAUAAUGGAAAAUU